UUGCAGUUUUCACCUUGUCCCUAGCACAGGGUUUGGAUAUAUGAAGCUCUAUCAUUCUACUAAAAAUUGCUAAAAUGGUGUAACUUUUACCAUAAAUUCCUUAAAAUAUAAUAGAAUUAAUGAUUUCUCAUCAUAUAUGCAAAACAUUUCAAAUUCUGUCUUUUACUUUUACUAAAAUUUGUCUGUCCCUUAAAGUUGCUGUCCUUACCACCACAUUGACCAUUUUCAGAUCAAUCAAGUUUAUUCAAAAUCUGAUUCUUUAAUUCCCUCUGUCAUUUUGUCUUGUCACUCAAGCGCUAGGGCAGUCAGACAUUUUGAUAACUGGAAGAGUACAUUUUUUCCUCAUUUGUACCCUUAAGUCGCAUAAUAUUUUUAUUGCAUGUCAUUACCAAACGACUUGUAGUGUUAAUAUGUUUAAAGAUUUUCCUGUAAAAACUUGAUAGUCAUAUAAAAUGUUGUACAGGACUAACUAGCUAAAAUCAUUUUUUUUAAGAUAACUCUACCAGCAUAGCACAGUUAGCUAAAAAGUUUGAAAUGUCAUUACCAUCACAAGAUUAAUCAAUUUUUAAUCAAUAUGCCAUUGUGGCGGUAAUAACAUUUCUCUAGGGUAUCUGACAAAAAAAAAAAAAAAUACAAUUUCAAGAAAUCUUAAAUAAAUAUAUAUGGACACGAACAGAUUCUGAGUCACAGAUAGAUGACAAUUAAGGUAAUAUAUAUAGUUUUUGUGACAUUUUAUUCUUGCAAAAAACGAAAAUCCAAAGUGCCCGAAAUCAAAUAAACACCCAUAUAUCCUUACCGAUGAUAAGGAAACACAGAAAAGCCGUUAUAACGACCCACAUUGUUGAAAUGUUUAAUAUGUAAUAUAUAACGAUAUUUUAAAUCUUACUGUUUAUCCCUCGUACGUUUUAUCUUUAUUUAAUCCUAUAUUUGUACUUAUUGUUAAAUAAUUUUGAUGGUUAUUGAUAGUACGUUUUUUGUAACUAUUGCAGUAAACUACAAUUGUUCUAUGUACAUUGUUGUGGCACAUAAUUUGUCCAAAUAGCCUUGCCGUACACCGAGUGUCGCUCUUCUCUCGCGACAAUGGGCGAGAUUAAAUAAACGCUUCCAUUGGCUCACAGCGUUCCACGUGACCCAAGCGAAAGGGAAAUGCUGCUCCCUAUCUCCGUGUUUACAAUUUCCAACGCGGGAAGAGAAGAGCACUCGUUCGACGUACGUUGUUGUUGUUGUUUUUUUUGUCGGCCAAUAUGGCGGCGAAGCGAGGCGCCCUCAUAGUGCUGGAGGGGGUGGACAAAGCAGGCAAGACCACCCAGUGCAAGAAACUGGUGCAGGCGCUGCAGCAGAGCGGACACCCGGCGGAGAUGAUGAGGUUUCCCGACAGAAGCACGACGAUCGGAAAGCUGAUCAGCGCUUACCUGGAGAAAAAGAGCGAGCUGGAGGACCACACGGUGCACCUUCUCUUCUCCGCCAACCGCUGGGAAAUGGUGCCUGAGAUGAAGAGAAAGCUGGAGCGAGGCAUCACGCUAGUGGUGGACCGAUACGCCUUCUCCGGGGCCGCCUUCACCAGUGCAAAACCGGGUUUCAGUCUGGACUGGUGCACCAGGCCGGACGUGGGUCUGCCCAAGCCGGACACGGUCCUCUUCCUGCGCCUGAGCCCGGCCGAGGCGGCUUUGCGAGGUCGCUACGGCGAGGAGCGCUACGAGGACGCCGCCUUCCAGAGCGCCGUGCUCGAGCGCUUCUCGCAGCUCAUGGACGACCCGUCCGUCAACUGGAAGGUGGUGGACGCGUCCGGGAGCGUGGAUGACGUUCACGGCGACAUCGUCCAGAAAAGCCUGGACGUCAUCCGCACGGCGCAGACGCAACCUCUCGGGGAGCUCUGGAAGUGAACGGCCGCCGCCGCUAACUUUGCCUUGACUAAUAAAGGGAAAUCAUUUUCCAAGCAUCGUGUCGCAAAACAUUAAAGUUGAACUAUUUAUA